CAGAACCCGCCGUUUUUUCAAUCUUGAGAAACCUCCACAGAGAGGCGAGCAAAUGCUCACGAACUCAGAGAUGGUUCUCUCCCAGUUCUCUAAAAUCAACAUUUCUCUCUUUACUAUACCAAUCCAUCGCAAUUUUAGCGCAUUUCCGGCCAAUAAACCAAUUAUUGCGGCAACAGCAGCCCCCAUUUUCACAUCGACUUCAUUCCAGUUGCCCAAAUCCACUGUAACUCCGGCCGAACCAAUUCCGAUCACCGAUUUUUCGGAAUAUCCGGAAGAAAUCCAGUUAUCCAUAUCCCCUGAUAAGCUAUUUGUGCCGCCGGAAACAGAUAUUUCCGGCGGCGGUGGUACGGGGCCGAGAAUCUUGAAAGGGUCGAACAUUGUAUUAGGUCGGUACGCGAGGGAUGCGCAGGUUUCUGAGGCGGAUUUUGUGAAGAGUAGUGUGACAACUGAGGAUUGCCCUUCUGAUGGGCUUCCUGAAUUUGCGCUUGUUGGGCGCUCGAAUGUGGGGAAAUCUUCGCUGUUGAACUCGCUUGUUCGGCGGAAGAAGCUUGCUCUUACCUCCAAGAAACCAGGAAAGACACAGUGCAUAAACCACUUUCGAAUUAACGAUAGUUGGUACUUGGUCGAUUUGCCGGGAUACGGGUAUGCAGCUGCACCACAGGAACUCCGAACGGAUUGGAACAAGUUUACGAGGAACUAUUUUCUGAAUCGGUCGACGUUGGUUUCGGUUUUCCUUCUUAUAGAUGCAAGCAUUCCUGCCAAACAAAUUGAUCUUGACUAUGCUAGUUGGUUGGGUCAGAAUCAGAUUCCAAUGACGAUAAUAUUUACAAAAUGUGACAAACGAAAGAAGAAAAAGAACGGUGGAAAACGACCCGAAGAAAACGUGAGCGACUUUCACGAACUGAUAAGUGGUUUUUUCCAAACGACUCCGCCGUGGAUCAUGACUAGCAGUGUCACCCAUCAGGGUCGGGAUGAAAUACUUCUACAUAUCGCUCAGCUGAGGAACUACUGGCUCAAGCACUGAAAAAGCACCUUGCAGACUCGCCUUCACGAGUCAACCAGUGUCCAUGAAUUUUGGAGAGUUUACAAAGCAACAGCGCUGGCAAGAGUGUCCCAAUGCUUACUUUAAACAGGCAAUAGAAUGGAAGAUUGGUGGAAGUUGCUGUUAUCUUGCGAGUGCUAUUCGCUGUUGGAGCCACUGAAUCCCAUUUAUUCAUAUCCUGGAUAAGGAUAACUUUGCCCCUGUGUCCAAACACUUGUAAUAUGAUGUGUAUAGCAAAGCUGUCUGAGAUAUUUUAACGGGUGAAAUUGGGAUUUUUUUUUUUUUUUUUUUGAAUUUACGGUGUUGUCUUUUUAUA